UCAGGUCUUAGGACCAGAUUUUUGACCCGACGUUCAAAGUCCAUCACACCCUCUGUGUCCCGCGGUGAUUGGGCAGCCCCGCAUCGACGUCGAUCGGCUCUGGGUCUGGUGGGUGGGGGCCGCACACGGCCAAACACGGCGACGCAUUUGGCCGCAUCAUGCCGACCCUGUUAUGGAAAAUCAGUGUCGUUCAUCUCGCCACCAUCGCCGUCUUUUGCUACUGCUUCCGCAUUAACGUGGUUCCCGAGGACAACCCAGACAUACCGGCCAUCGCCAAAUAUUUCAGCACGAAGGGGAGGUAUGAGGAAGUGAAUCCGUAUCUCGUGGAGGACAUACUCGCUGUAAACAGGUCGAUUUUACAGCCUCCGUCUGCGCAAUGUCGCGAAAUUCAUCUGACUGCCAUUAUAAGACACGGCACCAGAUACCCGACCGCCAAAAACGUCAAGAAGAUGCAGAGGCUUUACGACCUCGUCAAGAGCAGCGCCUCUGGCCAGGACAGCUGGCUGCGCGAGAUCAAGACCCAGUGGACGAUGUGGUACACCGAGGACAUGGACGGCCGACUCGUCCAGAAAGGAGUGAGCGAUCACAAGCACCUGGCCGUCAGGCUGUCCAAGCUGUUCCCCUCGCUGAUUUCAGAGGAGAACCUUCGAGGCGGACUCAUCAGAUUCAUGACCAGCUCGAAGCACAGGUGUGUCAACAGCACACUGUCCUUCAAGGCUGGACUCACGGAGCUGUGGGCCAUCAGAGAUAAGGAGUUCGACCACGCCGUGAACGAUGCGCUCAUGAGGUUUUUCGACAAGUGCACCAGGUUUGUGCAGGAGGUCGAUAACAACCCCACGGCCCUGACAGAGGUGGACAAGUUCAAGCGGGGAGCCGAGAUGAGGAGGGUCGAGGAGAAGAUCGCAGACCGUCUCAGUGUCCCAUACAACGCCAUCACAGACGAUAUGGCUGAAGCUGCAUUUUACUUUUGUGCUUACGAGUUUGCCAUCAGGACAGUGAACUCGCCCUGGUGUCAGCUCUUCGAUGAGGUCGAUGCAAAGGUUAUGGAGUAUGCAAAUGAUCUGAAGCAAUUCUGGAAAAGAAGCUAUGGUUAUGAUAUUAACAGUAAGUCAAGCUGCAUUCUCUUCCAUGAUGUCUUCAGUCGGCUGGAGAAAGCAGCCACCGAGAACCAGUCAGGCCAGCAGGUGACCGAAGCCGUGACAGUCCAGGUCGGCCAUGCAGAAACCAUCCUGCCAUUGCUUACCCUGCUGGGCUUCUUCAAGGACAGUGAUGCCCUGACAUCGACAAACUACGCCACGCAGACCCAACGCUCCUUCCGCACCAGCCACAUGUUGCCCUAUGCAGCUAACCUACUCCUGGUUCUAUACGACUGUGGGGGAGGCGACCUGAGACUGCAGCCACUGCUCAACGAGAAGCCCGUGACUUUCCCCAGUUUAACCGACCAGCGGGCCUCCGUGCCGCUCUAUCAAGAUGUCAGAGAGCACUACAGAGAACUGCUCAACGGCUGUGACUUUGAGAAUGAGUGUCAGCUGUUCAAGCAUCCUGCUGAGGUUUAGGCAGACAGUGUGGAUUCUGGAAAAGAAGACAUUAUAUUUAGCUUUAUUGUGUUUUAUUCACAAAAUGGAGUGAAAAUUGUGUUCCUAAUGAGAGCAUCUUAGUCUGAAUGCUUUUCCUAUGUAAAUCAUGAGCAUAUCACUUUUUGACCUGGCCUUUUAUCUGAAUUAAUCAAGAAAGAAGCAUUUUUUCACUCCCUUCGUCCUGUGCCUGAGAAAAGGGAGAUUUGGUGACACCGAAACAGCCAGUGAUCCCAGCCUAGAAAUUUAACUUCAAGUUCACCUGUACCAUCACAGUAUUACUACUCCAGUAUUGCUUAGAGCAUAAAUUAAAGAAUGUAUUUUUGCAGUGUACACAUUUUCGGCAUAGGAAUUUUAUAUAUCUGUAUUCAUUAUUUUGUCAAGAAGCACCGAAACAUUUCCUGAACUGAAGUGUGCUGCCAUUUGUGGCUGCUAGAUUUAAAAUUGUGCGGUCAGCCACCCUUUACAUGGAGUUGUAAGUUGUAACUAAUGGCUUUAUUAAUGGUUAAUCAUUUAGUAAUUCUUUGCAGAUGAGUGCCAGUAAAAAUAACAACUUAAGCCUUUCCAGGUUUUUCCAAAAUCCAUUUAGUGACUUUUAAAACUAUUACAACUGCAGAUCGGAUGGAUCAAAAUCUUUCACUGAUGAUUUACUUAGCUGAUAACUGCAGGCCUGGCAACUUAUUAGAAAGUGAGAAACCCAUUUCGUGCAACUGCCCUGAUCACUAAAUCAAAGGGAUAAGCACUUGCCAGAGGACCUUUUCCGCAGACUGGCAAUCCAGAAGUCAUUCUCGUGAACGGCGAAUGAUUUACUAACCGCCUACAAAGCCACUAUUAAACAACCAUUAAACCCCAUGAAGUUAUU